UCACACAGUUCAAGAGAGAGUGAUUGACAGCGUGAUGCGAUCGAUCGUUUCCACCCAACAAUAGAAUAUAUACAUUUGAGACCACUUGGCAAAUAAACCUUGAGAUCUCCAGAGCUGUUGAUUGUCCAGUCUUCUUUUUACACACAACGCAGAGUUAUCAGUCGUGAUAGCGGUCAGGAAGGACCAGUUACCAAACAUCACAGGAAACCCGGAAAAAAGAAAACAUGGGAUCUUCUCUGAAAAAAUUAUUUUGUGUUCCAGAUGAAUUCUUCGACCCAGCGUAUGACUUUGACUUCACUCACAUGUCCAAGUCUAACUCUGAUUCUGACUGCAAGCGCGGGAAUGAGCCGUACGAGCGCCCGUACGGGUGGAAGCGUUUCGCGCUGAAGGUUCGCGAUAAGUACCCGGACGGGAACGCUUGGCUGGGAACAGACGGGUGGAGGAACCACUCUGAUCCCGGUGAGUGGCCAGUGUCCUACCAUGGGACUAGUGUACAAAGAGCUGAGGGGAUCAUUAAAACCCGCUACAAGGUGGGUGGUGGUAAAAUGUGGGGGAGAGGAAUUUAUUCAACUCCAGACAUAGACGUGGCAGACUCAUUCAGCACUACAGUCAAACCGAUAAAGAAUGGAAAGACCUAUAGUGUCAUCAUACAGAACAGAGUCAACCCCAAGAACAGGAAAAUCAUCGAGGACAUGGACUACUGGUUGAUCCCCAUCCCUGAUGGGACAUCAGCUGAGAAAGAGAAGGAAAUAGUGGAGAGCUCCAUCCGCCCUUAUGGACUUCUGAUUAAAGAGGACAAAGAGUAUUUUUUCUCUAAGAUUCUAGCACGUUAGGGCAAUAUUUCUAGAUCCUAAUAAUCAAUGGCUACCACAUUAAGAAGAUUAUGUUUAUUGUGAUCUAAAAUAAAAAGAAUGAUAGCCUAUCAGCAUUUGUCCCUUGAGUAUUUAAGGGUGGAGUUAUGUCACCGGUGGUGCGUCAUUGCAGGAACUGCCUUCGUAGAGCGCAUGUUCACUGACUGGUAGCUGUUGGGCUAGCUGAUGUCGUAGCUCAUUCAAAGCUUUGGUUGGAUGCAGGCUGUCCACUAUCCUCAGGUAGGUUUACCUCGCGCUGUAUUUGUGAUCGUUUGUAUUAGGGCUACGCUAACAUGUGCUUCAUUCAUUGUAGUUUUCAUGUUCCCAUUUUGCUGUACUAUUCUCUCGUCAGCCAUGAUCUGUGCUAUGAGCAACUGUAUGGUUUAGGUGGUGUGAUGACUAGUUCCUGGUAUGUAUAUCGAUCUCAAUUUUUACAGUGUGUGCUAUUUAUUUGUUCUUUUCGUUUGGGUUUCUUUUCUGUUUAGUUUUCUAAGUUGUUUUUUUAUUUAAUUUUGAUCGGUUUAAUUUAUUUUGUUGUAUUUUGUUACUCAUUAUUUUUGGUUGUUUCGUAAGAGUAUUAUUAUUAUACAUUUUCUGUUUAGAUUUACAAAUUAAGAGGUUUGAUUCCUUAUGUUUUCUCUUUUUGUUGCAGGCAUUGAUAGGCCCCGGGGUUGGGAGGCUAGCUGUUCUUGACUACUGAUGGUGGUGUACCCAUACACAUAAUAAAUACCUAGACGCAGCGUUGGCCACUUUGCUCUGCUGCUGCGAUACGUCAGCGGCGCCGCCAUGUUAGUGAGGGCAACAGUGUACUUAAAGCCCACUGAACCCGAUGGGAGAGCUGCGCGUUUUCGGCAUUAAAAGCACAAUCACGUUUGUAUUUCUAAACAUAUUUCAAUGGUUUACGAUGUACAUAGAGAACAACUUCAGUUGCAUCAUAUCUCUAUAGUUAUAGCCUACUUUAAAGUUAAUAGUUGUCAUAAUGAAAUGUGAAAUCCAUUAUUUGUGCCUGUUAUUUGUGAGAAUCCACUAGAUGGCAUCAUGUUCAGAAUAAAUAACCACGUUGCAGUAGUCGAGAAUAAAACAGACAUGUAGCGAUUUAUUUGAAUCAUCGAACAAAACAUCCAAGGUAAUAUAUAGUUUAAUUUACGUAUUAAAUAAAAACUAAUGUUUUUCACUCUGGAAAUGGCUUUUUCUGUUGUAAUUUUAGACCUUUUCAAAGAUAAAAGAUGUUGUUUUAUUAAUCCGGUAAAACCGUUACAGCAGUGAAACAUGAUGUAUGUGAUAUAGUAAAACAAAUAACACUGCCGUGCAUUAUUAGUAUGAAAUAGCAGUAUAUAGUCAUAUAACAUUGUUUUUAUUUUUCCCAGGAUUUUAAAGUGCACGAGCUGUUCUGAUCAUGUGCAUUUAAUCUGCUUUAAAUUAUUUCACAUUAGGGAUGUGUACACAAUUUGUAAGACUCUAAAUGAUUGCUUUUGCGCAAGGUAUAAGGAUACUGUUUUAAUGGCGGUAGGUCAUGCUUGCUAUCCAAUGAAAAUCCGCCUUACAUUUACUUCAUAUGACAUGUGGGAGAGGGGUUGUAUCCUAAAACUGAGCCGAAAGCUGAUUGGCUGCCCCCAACUGUGUACUGUCCAAUGGCAUUUUUUUCGAUUGACAAAUGGAUAAAGAAAAGCAUUUGGCAAAACGACAAAGAAAAGCCAUUGGCAAAUAGAGAGGGAAAAGCAUUUGGCAAAUGCUUUUUUAUAAAACAAUUUAAAAUGAGCAUUUAAAAUAAUUUAUUAAUGAACUUCUUGUUUUAUUUUCUUUGUUUUAAAGCAUGAAUUAAAUAAAGUUUUAAAUUGAUCUAUUUAUUUAUACAUUUAAAAAUGUUUUUUUAAAUUUAACGUUUUAUUGUUCAAUUAAACU